CUCCGUGUCUCCGUGGCGCAGGACAGGACGGUCGCCACGCCUUUAAACGGGGACGCACUUUAUUUAAUGUUAUUUUAUUUUUAAUUUUUCUUCAUGUCCGUGGACACCUGUCUUUAGAGAGCGCGGACGUUAGGAUCAACACACAUUUCCUCCACUCGCAUCAACCAGGCUGUGCCUCCGGACUCCGGCGCUGCCGCUGCUGCUGCCGCUGCUUCUGCCGCUGCUGCUCCUGCUCCCACGGAUGCUGAGCUGAACAGCCUGUGGCGCAAACGUCAACGCAUUACGGGGAAAUACCUGGAGUGGCACUUUUACUGAUUUGACACCGGGUACAAGUCGUACCGAAGAUGGGGAUUAAAGUGUAGUGUUCAGUGUUGACAGGAAUGCCCCAGACUGUGUGCUCAGGCAUCAUGUUCACCACUCCCAGUGGCUUCAGCCCUCAUCUGGCCUGUGCUGAGCCUGAGGAGGAGGAGGAGGAGGCCCCACAGGAGGCCCCGGAGCCCGGGGCUGGCCUGGCCGAUGGGCCCCCCAUCUCCUCUGCCUCCUUGGACACUCUGAUCCAGAAUCUGGUGCCCACUGCCGACUACUACCCUGAGAAAGCCUAUGUGUUUACCUUCCUGCUGAGUGCUCGUCUGUUCAUCUCUCCUCCGGAGUUGCUCGCCAGGGUGUGUGAGCUGUGCAUCAAGCAGCAGCAGCUGGAUCAGAGCCCACUCGAUACGGCAAAAGUGCGAAGGUUUGGUCCCAAGAUCCUGCAGCUGCUGACGGAGUGGACAGAGACGUUCCCUUCAGACUUCAGGGAUGAGAAGAUGGUCGGACACCUCAAGGACAUCAUCCACAGGAUAGCUCCAUGUGAUGAGGCGUACUGGAAAACCCUGAACCAGCUGCUGCAGAAGCUCAGCCAGAGGCUGGCCCAGAUGAGUCAGGGGGAAGAGAGCAUCGUCAAAGUCUCUCUCAACGCCUCCUCCAUCUCUGACAAGCUGGUGGCCUUCAAGACCAAGCCUCCGCCCAUCCAAAAAGACAUGCUCUCCAUCUGCAAUGACCCAUACACACUGGCACAGCAGCUCACCCACGUGGAGCUGGAACAUUUGAGUCACAUUGGACCAGAGGAGUUUGUCCAGGCCUUUGUUCAGAAGGACCCGCUGGAUGGAACACAGCAGCCAUGCUUCGGUGACCAGAAGAAGAAAACAUCCAACCUGGAGGCUUAUGUCAGAUGGUUCAACAGACUGUGCUACCUGGUAGCCACUGAGAUCUGCAUGCCGGCAAAGAAAAAGCAAAGAGCGCAGGUGAUCGAGUUCUUCAUCGACGUCGCCAGGGAGUGUUUCAACAUCGGAAACUUCAACUCCCUCAUGGCCAUCAUCUCGGGUAUGAACAUGAGUCCUGUGUCACGGCUGAAGAAGACUUGGGGCAAAGCCAAGACGGCCAAGUUCUUCAUUCUGGAGCAUCAGAUGGAUCCUACGGGAAAUUUUUACAACUACAGGACCGCCCUGAGGGGGGCGGCCCAUCGCUCUCAGACUGCCAACAGCAACAGAGAAAGGAUUGUAAUUCCUUUCUUCAGUCUGCUGAUCAAAGACAUUUAUUUCCUAAAUGAAGGAUGUGCCAAUCGGCUGCCAAACGGCCACGUCAACUUUGAGAAAUUUGUGGAGUUGGCACGACAGGUUGGAGAAUUUAUGACAUGGAAACAGGUGGAGUGUCCAUUUGAGGAGGAUCGGGCCAUCUUACACUACCUCCACACUGCUCCAAUCUUCAGCGAGGACGGACUCUACCUUGCAUCCUAUGAGAGUGAGAGUCCAGAGAACCAGGUCGAGAAGGACAGAUGGAAAGCACUCAGGUCUAACGUUCUGGGAAAGACAUAAGGCACUGACAGCAGUUAAUCCUCCCACCAGCGAGGGAGAGCGUGUGUUCUCACUGCACUAUACUGAACUGUGAAGGAACCUAGCUGGUACUUAGGUGUUUUUUCUAUGAAGAAAUUAUGUGGGGGGGGGGGGAGAAAAACAAAAGGGAAUUUGAUGAACAGGAUUCAU